GCUGUCCACAAAAACAUAAACAAAACAACGUGCAAUCAUACUGUGCGAUAUCGCAAUUUAUUGCUCAUUCUUGGGGCUACCAGUUGAUGUGCAACAAUGAAGAAUCUAUACUGUCUUGCCCAGAAAAGUGCCAACUUUGGGGCCUUCCCAUUGGGUCCAUCCACUCGGAUGGUGGUGGAUUCAAAUAAUAGUGAUAUGAUGUAUGUUGUAUUGGCCGAUGCGAGCAACAACGAUUACGUCGUGUAUCGACUGAACCGGUUGGAUCAAGUUGGGACGAGGAUUUUGUCGGUCCCGGGGGAGAUAGUUGGAAUUGAACACUUGGCGCUGACCGAUGAGUUGUGUAUAGCUACGGCCGCCGGUGAAGUCAUGGUUUUUCAAAGCGAUGGAAUGAAUGAACCGGAAGUGGUGACGUUUUGUUCGGGUGGAUUACAGGCCAUGGGAUGGAGUCCGGAACAGGAAGUGGUAGCGUUCGUUGACUGUAAUUCUAAUGUGGUAACGAUGAAUGCCGCUUACGAUCCGAUCAAUGAGAUCUGCCUCCAAGAUGAUACCUUCGGCGAUCGGGAGUUUAUGAGCGUCGGAUGGGGAAAGAAAGAAACACAAUUUCAUGGGUCAGAAGGUAAGAGUGCAGCCCGUGUAAAGAAGGAAGAAGUUGAUGCGUUGAGCGAUACGACUCAGAUUAAUUCGAAGGUGAACAUCAGCUGGAGGGCUGAUGGAGAGUACUUUGUUGUGGGAUUUUUGGGUCCGUUUGGGAGGGCAUUCAAAGUUAUCAGCAAGGAAGGAGCCUUGCAGUUUACGUCAGAAAAAUGCUACGGAUUGGAAGCAGCACUUGCAUGGAGACCGUCUGGUUUGUGGAUCGCUACGCCUCAGGUUCUGAAGGACAAAUAUGUGAUUGCUUUGUUCGAGAAAAAUGGUCUGAAGCACAGGGAAAUUGAUUUGCCGUUCAAUCAGAGCGAAGAGGUAGUUCGAGGUCUGUACUGGAGUCAGGAUUCUGAGAUACUUGUUGUGCAUACCCUGAAACAGGCGAAAGAAUUAAACUGUUUAUAUUUCAUGAUUAUAUGCAAUUAUCAUUGGUAUAAUAAACAAUAUUUGGAAUAUGGAACCAAUAUAGUGGGAAUUCAUUGGGAUAUAAAAUACUCGCAGGGCAAAAUACUUCAUAUUCUCUUGGAAAAUGGAGACUACGAAGCCAUCAGGUGGGAAUUUGCUGUAAAUAAUUCCGAUGGAUUGGAAAAAUCCGAUGAGGCUCUGGUUGCCGUCAUCGAUGGAAAAUCUCUGCUACUAACAAACUUCAGAGGAGUUGUUAUUCCACCUCCAAUGUGUGGAUAUACGCUGAACACCAACGAGCAAAUGAACGCCGUGAGCUUUCUACGCAAUCCGGGGGAUCAGCUCGAUUCCAACUGUUUCAUUGUGGUCGACAGUCGCAACAGGGUCACCUUUCAUCAACCCGAGAUUGCUGAAGAUGUAGUUCAUCAUUUGAAAGGCGUUCUGAAUCUUGGAAAGACGCUGGAAAUUGGUACUGGACGGUACUCACACUGGUUGUGGUUAAGGCCAGACGUACUUUUGGUCGUAGAAGGGUGCAAUCAAGUUACGGUCUUCCGCAUUAACAUUUCGGAGGGAAAAUUUGAAUCUCUGCAGAGCCUCAAAGUGGGCAGUGACACCGAUUGUAUCGGAUGCAUCGAGGGAAUCAAUGGUACCUCUGCGAUAAUUGAACUUAUGACAGGUCAAACAUUUCAGCUAGAUUUGCUACCUUCGAUUAUUUUGAAGGAGUCCUUAAAAUUACCAGAAUUCUGUGAGCAACUCAGGGUUCGUCCACUGAAAGACGACAAGUUCAAAGUUUACUCGUUGAAAAAUCGCCAAACCUUGUACGCCAAUGGUUCCAAGAUCGCCUCGGAUGUAACUUCGAUUUUUCUAACAGAGCACUACCUACUAUUCACCACGAUUGCCGAGUUGAAAUUUGUCGACGUUGAGAGCGAUGCAGUGAUUGGCGAACGGCGCGUGGAACGUGGUUCGAAGUUGGUUGUGGUUGUGCCCAAGUUCUCUCGCACAGUGUUCCAACUUCCUCGGGGUAAUCUAGAGGCGAUUGCACCUCGUGUCUUGACGCUGGACCUGGUUGCCGAUCAUCUGAACGCACUCGAGUACCACAAAGCCUUCGACAUCCUUCGCAAGGAGCGCAUCAACUUGAACCUGAUUGUGGACCACAAUCCGCAGCUGUUUUUAUCUAAUUUGGACCGCUUCCUUCGGGAGAUCGUCAAUGCGAACUGGCUAAAUUUGUUCAUAAGUGACCUGGCGAAUCAGGAUGUCUGCCAGAGUAUGUACGAGAGUAAUUAUCGCAAUAGGAAAGCACCGGUGAUCGAGGGGUAUAAAGUCGAGGCCAAAGUUAGCCUCCUCUGCGAUCAAUUAUUGCAUGCAUUGAACGAGGCGGACCGAGUCCGAGCGGAUUAUACUCUGCCGAAAAUCACCUGUCAUGUCAAACAGGGUAAGCUGGAGGAAGCCCUUGAAGUGAUUUGGGACCUCAAGAAGACCCAAAGAAAUGAAAAAGCCGCCGAAGAAGCGCUCAAAUAUUUACUAUACCUUGUGGAGGUCAAUGACUUGUUCAAUGUUGCCCUCGGGAUGUACGACUUCGGGCUGGUUCUGUACGUGGCUACGAAAUCUCAAAAGGACCCCAAAGAGUAUCUGCCAUUCCUCAAUGAAUUGAAGCGAUUGGAUGAGAACUACCGCAAGUAUAAAAUCGACUGCCAUUUGAAGCGGUUCGAGCGAGCGAUCGAGAGCAUCUCGCGGUAUGGGGAUGACGAAGACAAGUUCCAGGAAGCGCUCCACUUGACGAUCAAGCAUGGUCUCUACACCAAGGCUAUGAGUUGCUAUCGAGGCAAUGAGAAGUAUUUCGCAAGAAUAUGCACAUCCUACGGGGAUCAUUUGCGACAAAGUAACAAACCAUCGGAUGCGAGUUUGAUUUACGAGAAAGCGCGCGAUUACCGGCAGGCGAUCGCUUCGGCGAGGAAUGCUGUUGAUUGGGAGAGGUGUGUCCGCUUGGCGAAGGAUGCCAAAUACGACGAGAGUGAGUUAGAGCGAUUGGCUCACUCGUUAAUUCCAGCGCUGCAGGAAGCCGGAAAUUAUGAAGCAGCCGCCCGACUGGCGAAAGAAUUUCUGAAUGACGGCAGAAAAACGAUAGAGAUACUUCUGAAGGAUCACCUGUUUGAACAGGCCUUGCUAGAAGCGCACAUUUGCGAUCGUACGCUGGUGGACGAUGUGAUACGACCAAAUUUGGAACAAUAUUUGCAUUCGUUGGUAGAAACGAUCGCCAACGAGAAGGAGCAAUUCUUGAAGCAGAAAAAUCGACUGCUUGUGGUUAGGGAGGAAAAGACUAGGAAGAAACUUGAGCAACACAACGAAGAAGAUGACGGACACGAUGUGGAGGAUUGCGAUUUGUAUUCGGACACCUCGACGGUGGCGUCUUCCCGGUACACGAGUAGCUCCGGAAGAUCUGGCAAAUCGCAUCGAUCGGGCAAGAACCGGCGGAAGCACGAGCGCAAACUGCUCAGUCUGAAGGAAGGCAAUCCAUUCGAGGAUAUCGCCCUUGUGGACGCUCUCCACGCGCUGGUGGCUCGAAUCUGUGCAGUUGAGAGACAGCGGCACAUUCGAACGGUUUGCAAAGUGGCUAUCGAAUUGGAUCACCUGGAGAAGGCGGCUCAGGUUCAGACGGAUUUUGGUGAUUUGUUCCAUUUGGUUAAAUUUUCGCUGGACGCCAUUUGGAUUCCGGAAAUGAUAGUGCCCGGUAGUGGGCAGGAUGUGGAAGCAGUCGCUCUUGCGACUGGUGAUUUGAGUGCGGUUCAGAACGCGCAGCAUUACGCUUUGAUUAAACCUCACCAACGGUUUAAGCCUGAACUGCAGAGUAUAUCGUGGCAAUUUGAAAUUCUUAAGUAGAAAGGAUGAUAAAAAGUGAAGUAUUUUAUUUGUAGGUCUAUAAAUAAAUAAAAAAAUGUUUCAUUACAA